AUGGCUUUCAAACCCUGGAGGGUCCUUCCAGGGUCUGCCCUGCUCUGGAUUCUCAACCUCUUCUCGGCCGUCGCCCUCAUCUUUGAAGGUUACAAUCAAGGUGUUAUGGGUGCAGUCAACGGCACACCGGGCUACAUCGACACUGUUGGCAUUGGCGCUGAUGGCAAAGUCACUGAUGCCACCAAGCAAGGCGGCCUCGUAGCCGUAUACUACUUUGGCGCCAUGUUCGGAUGCUUCUUUGGCGGGAAGAUUGGAGAUCUCUACGGUCGCAGGAAAGCUGUUGCGCUGGGAAGUUUGCUCGGCAUUAUUGGGGGAGCUUUACAGGGUGCGUCGCAGAAUGCCAACAUGACUAUUGUGGCUAGGACGAUUUGUGGCGUGGGUAUUGGGUUUAUCAACACGAUUAUCCCAGCUUGGAUCAGCGAGCUCGCUCAAGCACACAACCGGGGUUCAGCAUUUGCCCUUGUCUUCGCUGCAAAUUAUGUGGGUAUUGUGAUUGCCUACUGGAUCGGCUACGCUUUACGGAACAAUACCACAGACUUCCGCUGGCGGUUUCCCUUAGCCUUUCAAGUUGUCCCGCUUGCCAUCGUUCUAGGCACAGUGGCCUUCCUACCAGAGUCUCCUCGGUACCUAUUGACGGUCGACCGCCGUGACGAAGCUCUUGAGAUCCUUGCAAAAGUCCGAGGCGACGCCGACUUGAACAAUCCCACCCUCCAAGCUGAGAUCGCUCAGCUUGAUGCCAUCGUUACCUCGGCUCGCAGCUCCCGCUACUCCCUACACAACCUCUUCCUUUGGGGUCGCCACUCUGGCAAACUCCACCUUGGCCGCCGUAUUGGUCUUGCCGUGGGUAUCAUGAUGAUGAUGGAGUGGACUGGCAUUCUUGCCAUUACUGUCUAUGCCAGUAUUAUGUUCGAACAAGCUGGCUUCACUACCGAGAAGUCGUCCCUGCUUGCUGGUAUCAUUCAGAUUGUCGGCAUCAUCGGCACACUUGGUGCAGUCUUCACCAUCGACCGCUUUGGUCGUCGGCCAUCACUGCUCUUCGGCUUCAUUGUGCAGGGCGCUGUACUGCUCCUCUCAGGUGGCCUGUCACGUCUCGGUGAACUCCACCCAGCUCAUUCAGGCUCUUAUGGAGCAGCGUCCGUCGCCAUGGUCUUCAUCUACACUUUCUUCUUCGCUCAGACAGUGCUGAUGAUCGCUUUCAUCUAUCCCACUGAGAUUUGGCCGCAAGAGAUGCGUGCGCGCGGUAAUGCAUUCGGUGUGUUCGGAUGGGCUGUUGGCUGUGGAACUACUACUUUGGUGAUCCCUUCCAUGUUUGCUGCAUUGGGAUGGAAGACUCUGAUUGUGUUUGGUGCUUUUAACUUCGGGAGUGUGCCGCUGGUGUGGUUCUUCUUCCCAGAGACGAAGGGGAGAAGUUUGGAGGAGAUCAAUUUAUUGUUUUGUAGUGAGAGUCCGUUCGUGAAGGAGAAUGAGAGGACGUAUAAUGAGAUCUUGGUGAGGUCUGGUGGAAAUGUGGCGAGUGCAGAGAGAGAGAUUAUGGAGACUCUAGAUAUCUGCAAGAGGGAAAAUGACAGUGGUAGCGGACUUGAAAAGGGUGAGUUAGGCAUAGGGAAGACUGUUGAGUGA